AUGGGAGCCGCCUGCGGCAAGAACAAGGCAAAAGAGCCCAAGAGGGCAGAUCCUAAGGAGCUGGAGGAGAAGAAGCGGAAGGAAGAAGAGGAAAAGGCUGCCGCAGAGGCCGCAGCUCGGGAAGCAGAGCAGCGAGCCAAGGCGGAGGCGGCCCGAGCCGAGGCGGAGGCAGCUGAAGCCAAAGCGCGUGAGGAAGAAGAAAAAGCGAAGGCAGAACAGGAGGCAGCAGCUGCUGCCGCAGCUGCUGCAGCAGCUGCUGAGCAAGCUCGCCAGGCCGAAGAAGAGGCGCGGCGUCAGAAGGAGGAGGACGAGAGGAGAGUUGCUGAUGAACAACGACGAGCCCAAGAGCAGGCUAGAGAACCCGAAAUUGUAGAGAAACCUGCUGAAGAACAAGCUGUCGAACAACCGGAAGAGCUGCAAAUUGGUGAGAAGGAGAAGCAGCCUGCAGCCGAAGACAUUGCUAGUGAGGCUACCAUGGAAACCUCCCGCCCCCUUCGUAAAGUGUCAGAACCAGACCAUGGCGCUGCUCAAGCAGGCCGCAAAAUUCGCACCGUUACCCCUUGUGACAUGACAGCGGUGGACGAAACCAGCAUGUACGUUAGCAAGCGGUGCGGUUGCGACAUUGGGGAGGAACACAACGAGAACUCGUGCCCGGUCUGCCGCUGCAUAGACCUUUCGGACGCUCCUCUUCUAAAUUAA